AUGUGGAUGCAUCGUGAGAUACCACUAUUCUGUCACUUACCACUGCACAGAGGGGAUCCUGCUGGGUCCCCGCUGAACGGGUCCUUCCUCGUAAGGGGACAGUAUCCCAGAAUUGACUCGGUUGUCAGCGAGAACCUCUCUUGUGGUGAGUAUUGGAGCUACUACAUUGCUGAGCAUAGGCCCUUGGUCAUACGGAAUGCCAUGGUGAUCCCGGACUGGUCGAAGAGGACCACAUUCGGAAAUGGCGACUUUGGUGAACUCCAGGUGAAGUUGGAGACUCCAAUAGAAUUGCGCGGAGUUGCCAAGGAGGCCGCGUCUAGAAUGACCCUGCGGGAUCUUGCUCUAGAUGGGAACUGGUAUGUGGUGUCGACGCUCCCUCAAGCCAUGGCCUGGGAGGUGGAAGUGCCUCAAUGGGGAAAUCGUGAGGGGCUGAUUAUAGAGGAGAACGGCCUGUGGAUAGCUCCAGCGGGAUUGGAGACGAGAUCUUCUUUCCACUAUGAUAAGGAGAAUGUCAUGAACUGUCUAGUGGCUGGAGAUGUCGAGAAAUUAUGGUGGUUCAUUGACACACGCAAGUACGGUGACAUCUUACCUUGGGUGAGAGGAAACCGUUACAACACCACUGACGACCGUUACAACACAGGGACCGACUGGCUGGCGUUAGACCUGGAUGCAGUUGAUGAGGAUCUCCAUCGCCCUUGGCUCGAGAAGGUUGAAAUUCACACGGCUGUUCAACGAGUUGGUGACUGUGUGGUGAUACCGUACUCUAUGCUUCACUUGGCCUGGUCUCCGGCUAGGGCCUCAACAAAGGCCGACUUCAACACCGCAGUAGCCUGGUCGUUCCUGUCGGUUAAUGACGGUCUAUAUGAGUGUGGUGAAGGAGGGUCCUCCCCGCUAGCUACGGUUGAGAAUGUGUGGCCGUAUGUUGGGCAUGGAGCGGUACCGCAAGGACUCCCAGAUCCUAGAGAGCUUCGAGACACAACGCUGGGUUUACUUUAUAAUGGUAGGCAGUCUCGACUCCUCCCCCUGCCAUAG